UUUGCCCAGGCCAACCCACGACGCGCUCUAAAGCGUACUCUGCGGCUGCUGCUUACUACGCUAAUGAACUACGCGACCGGGGCUCAUACCACCGCGACGCACACAACACACGCACAUGGCUUAUUGCCAACACAUUCGGGUCGAUGUGCCUGUGUACCUGCGUCCGUCACGCGGAAGGCGACGAGCUCCGGCGUUUCCAGGAUAUCGCCAGGGGCCGCGCCGCAGGUUUGGCCACGGGACGAUACAGCAACUACUUCGUGCAGCGCGUCCUCGACCGCGGCAGCACUCCGUUCAGGCAGGAGCUCGUGCGCGAGCUCAUGCGGGAGGUCGCCCUCCUGUCCCGCGACCCGUUCGGGAACUACGUCGUGCAGCACUGCUUCCUGAACCAGGAGACAGGUUUGCCACAGGCCGAGUUGCUGCCCAUCGUGCUCAGGGCUUUUGCUGGCCUGCCCCAACAACAGCUCCAAGGUCUGGUGCACCACGCCCCUGGCAACUUGGUCCUCUGCAGUCUGCUCGAGACAGGCAUCAAUCACUGCCCGGAGUUGACGCGGGACCUGGCGUCGAGAAUCGACCUCCUGGACAGGCAUGUCUUGGAACAUCCUCACUCGCAGAUGGUGAUGUGGUUCGUCGAGAGGAUCCUGUUGCCUCAAUUUUUUACAUUUUCCGUAGGCUAG